GAAAAUUUACAAAAAGUGAAGGUGAUAGUGUUGCAGAUACAGAGUGUAUGAGCUGAUUUUUCAUGAGCUUCCAUAGCAUCAGCUUCAAUUUUUUUUUUCUUUCACUACAAAUAAAAUUCUACAGGUAAAACAAAUAUUUAACUCAAUUCAAAACCCUAAAACUUCCUUAAAUUUCACUUCGCAUUGCCAUUGAUUCGCCGAUCCCGCCCCCAAAUCUCAUCUCUCACAGUCUUGAAUGAUCUAACGGUGGACUUGAUCUAAAUCAGAUUCCAGAUCAUUGGAGCUUCGUGACCAGGAUAUGUUUCUUGAAAACAACCUGAAACUCCAAAGAAAUUAUCAGCUUAGCAGAAAGAAACAGACAAAGAAGUUUUCUUCAGAACUGAUUGACUCUUUCUCGUUAUUACUCUUUCAAGUCAACACUCUUUUGCCUGUCUCUUGUUUUCAAGAACUUGACAACAUAUUCAUCAUUAUUUGAACAUUUUUUAUAUAUAUUUGUCCAUAUCCCACAUUACAAAUUUUAAUUCAUUGUUUGAGUCAUUUGAUCAAUACCCUUUGGACCAAUUCCCAUGCAGAUAAUUCUUUGACUAGCUUAUACUAUAUAAUGAAACCCCAUAACUCAGUUUCAUACACCACACAACUUAGAGGUUCAAAAAAUUUCAAGCACCAGAGAAGAGAAAAAUUUCCAUUUUUUCUUCAACUUCAGAUUUGGAAAUGGAAUAUCUGUAUCUUAUUAGCGGAUUCAUAGCUUUUACUUUACCAAUUGUAUUGCUGUACAGUUUAGCUGGAAAGAGGAAAAUUAAUGUUUCAGGGGAGCAUGCCAUAGAUUACAUAUUUCAGAAUUCCGAAAAUGAUAUAAUAAAACCAGAGAAAUCCAUGGAGACGGAUAUAAUUAUUGUUGGAGCAGGUGUUGCUGGUUCAGCUCUUGCUUACACUCUUGGCAAGGAUGGAAGAAGAGUCCAUGUUAUUGAAAGAGAUUUGAGUCUGCAGGACAGAAUUGUUGGAGAACUUCUGCAACCUGGUGGCUAUCUGAAACUAAUUGAAUUAGGCCUCGAAGAUUGCGUAGAAGAGAUUGAUGCUCAACAGGUAUUUGGAUAUGCUUUGUACAAGAAUGGGAAAAGCACUAAACUUUCAUAUCCAUUGGAAAGCUUUGAUUCCAAAGUAUCCGGAAGAAGCUUUCACAACGGACGUUUCGUUCAAAGAAUGAGGGAAAAAGCUGAUUCUCUGCCCAAUGUCAGAUUGGAAGAAGGAACAGUUACAUCCUUACUUGAAGUAAAAGGGACUAUCAAUGGCGUGCACUACAAAACUAAGAAUGGUGAAGAAUUUUCUGCAUACGCUCCACUUACAAUAGUAUGCGACGGCUGCUUUUCAAAUCUGCGACGCUCACUCUGCAACCCUAAGGUUGAAAUCCCCUCUUGUUUUGUUGCCUUGAUCUUGGAGAACUGUGAGCUUCCAUAUGCAAAUCACGGACAUGUUAUUCUAGCUGACCCUUCUCCGAUCUUGUUUUAUCGUAUUAGUAGCUCGGAAAUUCGCUGUCUGGUUGACAUACCAGCGGGCCAUAAGCUGCCUUCCGUUUACAAUGGCGAAAUGGCUGCUUAUUUGAAAUCUGUUGUGGCCCCUCAGAUUCCUCCUGAGCUAUUGGAAUCGUUCAAUUCUGCUAUAGAGAAAGGAAAGAUAAGAACAAUGCCAAAUAGAAGCAUGCCUGCUGCUCCUCUUCCAACUCCGGGCGCUCUUCUUCUCGGCGAUGCAUUCAACAUGAGGCAUCCUUUAACCGGUGGAGGAAUGACCGUGGCACUUUCCGACAUUGUUGUAUUGAGAAAUCUGCUUAGACCUCUUCGUGAUUUAAAUGAUGCAUCCGCCCUUUGUGAAUACCUUAAAUCAUUCUACUCCCUUCGAAAGCCAGUGGCAUCUACCAUAAACACAUUAGCAGGAGCAUUAUACAAGGUGUUUAGUUCAUCAUCUGAUCCAGCACAAAAUGAAAUGCGUCAAGCAUGCUUCGACUAUCUCAGUCUCGGUGGCGCGUUUUCAGAAGGACCCAUUGCUUUACUCUCUGGUUUAAACCCUCGGCCGUUGAGCUUGGUUUUCCACUUCUUUGCUGUUGCAAUGUAUGGCGUUGGCCGCUUGAUAUUUCCAUUGCCGUCAGCUAAGCGCAUGUGGAUGGGGGCCAGGAUGAUCCAAGUUGCAUCUGGAAUAAUUUUUCCCAUAGUAAGGGCUGAAGGAGUUAAACAAAUGUUCUUCUCCAAAACCUAACAUUGAAGAUGAUAUUUUAGCAUAGCAUUUUUUUAGUUGAUAAACUAACAAUUUGAUUGUCAAUUGACCAAUGUAACUGUUGAUUUUAGUUUGCUAACAGAUUCUUAAUUUUUUACUUACCUUCUUGUAAUUGCUCUAGCAGAAUUGUAGUGCAAUGUAAUUUCAGUAAUAUAGGAAGUGAUAUAAAAUAUAAAAUCUUUGCCUUGCA